CGCGCCCCUUCGGCGGCCCUCGGUUCCGGACUCCAGGCCGUCGGCUCGGCUCGCCUGGGCCCCUUCGUGCCGGUUCGGCCUCCGCUCGGGCAUCCUCGGCUCGGCUCGCCGCGCGGCCGGGCGGGCUCGGCGGAGUCCGGAUGGAGGACUCGGACGCGGCCGCCAAGCAGCUGGGCCUGGCCGAGGCGGCGGCGGUGGCGGCCGCGGCCGCUGUGGCGGCGGCGGCCGCGGCCGCGGCGGGCAGCGAGGCCGACGAGCCGGUGCUCCACAGGGACGAGGACUCGGAGGAGGACGGUGACUCGCAGGCGGAGCGCGAGACGCGGCGGGUGACGGCCGUGGCGGUGAUGGCCGCUGAGCCCAGGCACAUGGACAUGGGCGCCGAGGCCCUGCCCGGCCCCGACGAGGCUGCUGCGGCCGCCGCCUUCGCAGAGGUGACCACUGUGACGGUGGCCAACGUGGGCGCCUCGGCGGACAACGUCUUCACGACCUCGGUGGCCAACGCCGCCUCGCUCUCGGGCCACGUUCUGUCCGGCCGGACCGCCCUGCAGAUCGGGGACAGCCUGAACACGGAAAAGGCCACGCUGAUCGUGGUGCACACGGACGGGAGCAUCGUGGAGACCACGGGGCUGAAGGGGCCGGCCGCUCCGCUCACCCCAGGUCCUCAGUCUCCUCCCACCCCCCUGGCACCCGGGCAAGAGAAAGGGGGCAGCAAGUACAACUGGGACCCGUCGGUGUAUGACAGCGAGCUGCCCGUGCGCUGCCGCAACAUCAGCGGCACCCUCUACAAGAACCGGCUGGGCUCAGGAGGCCGGGGCCGAUGCAUCAAGCAGGGGGAGAACUGGUACAGCCCCACGGAGUUCGAAGCCAUGGCCGGGAGAGCCAGCAGCAAGGACUGGAAGCGGAGCAUCCGCUACGCGGGCCGGCCGCUGCAGUGCCUCAUCCAGGACGGGAUCCUGAACCCUCACGCGGCCUCCUGCACCUGUGCCGCCUGCUGCGACGACAUGACCUUGAGCGGCCCUGUCCGGCUCUUUGUCCCCUACAAGCGGCGCAAGAAGGAGAACGAGCUGCCCGCAGCCCCGGGCAAGAAGGAGGCCCCCAAGAACAUCACGCUGCUCCCGGCCACGGCCGCCACCACCUUCACUGUGACCCCCUCAGGACAGAUCACUACCUCGGGCGCGCUGACCUUCGACCGGGCGUCCACUGUGGAGGCCACGGCCGUCAUCUCGGAGAGUCCGGCCCAGGGGGACGUCUUCGCGGGAGCCACAGUGCAAGAGGCGGGCGUGCAGCCCCCGUGCCGGGUCGGCCACGCGGAGCCCCACUACCCCGGGUACCAGGACAGCUGCCAGGUCGCGCCCUUCCCGGAAGCUGCGUUGCCCACUGCGCACCCCAAAAUAGUGCUGACCUCCCUGCCGGCCCUGGCGGUCCCGCCCUCCCACCCCGCCAAGGCCGUCUCGCCCGCCGUGGUCAACGGGCUGGAGCUGUCGGAGCCGCGGAGCUGGCUGUACCUGGAGGAGAUGGUCAACUCCCUGCUCAGCACGGCCCAGCAGCUGAAGGCGCUCUUCGAGCAGGCCAAGCAGGCCAGCUCCUACCGCGAGGCCGCCGCGGCCCAGGCCCGGGCGCAGGACGCCGAGCGCAAGGAGUUGACGAUGACAUUACACUGAUGCUGGGGCGCUCAGUGGUUAGGCAUUGCUGCACCUCAUCAGGCGUCUCCCCAUAAGUCUAGAACCCGCCCGACGCCAUAGUGAUUAAUUUGUCUUCAAGGAAGAGAAAUGUUGCUUCUACCCAUGAAGAGAGAGAUGAUUUUAAAUACUUAAAACAUGUCGUGCCAGCCUGGCCGGUCACUCAGGGGUCAGAGGAUCAGGCUGCACACCGAGGGGUCGCAGGUUUGGUUCCGGUCCAGGGCACGGACCCCGGUGCGGGCUCAGAGCCGUGUUCGGGAGGCAGCCGGUCCGUGGGCUUCUCUCCCAUCGCGGUUUCUCUCCCUCUCCCGCUCCCUCUGCCCACCUCCCUUCCACUCUAUCUACACGGCCCUGGGCGCGGUCACAGUAUGUGCACACAGCUCCCACUAAUCCCUGCCGAAGGCCGAGCUUCAGGGCAAGAGAAAAGCUCAAGGACCAGAAGAUUUGCAAUUAUUCACCCAAAUAACGUGGGUUCGGCUCUGUGCCCUCAGGCCCCCGGGUGGUGGGUUUUAAAACGAGAAACCAAGUCUUGGCACCAGUGGCCUGCGGAUGAGCACUCGCUCUCGGAAGGCGCCACCAGCACGUCCCGCAGCGUGGACCCUGCAGCGUGGACCCUGCAGCGUGGACCCAGCAGUGUGGACCCUGCAGCGUGGACCCUGCAGUGUGGACCCCGCAGCGUGGACCCUGCAGCGUGGACCCCGCAGCGUGGACCCAGCAGCGUGGACCCUGCAGCGUGGACCCCCAGCAGCGUGGACCCCCAGCAGUGUGGACCCUGCAGCGUGGACCCAGCAGCGUGGACCCCGCAGCGUGGACCCCCAGCAGCGUGGACCCUGCAGCGUGGACCCUGCAGCGUGGACCCUGCAGUGUGGACCCUGCAGCGUGGACCCAGCAGUGUGGACCCUGCAGCGUGGACCCGCAGCGUGGACCCCCAGCAGUGUGGACCCUGCAGCGUGGACCCCGUGGGGCUGAGACCAUAAAUAACGUGAAAACGGGAGUGGCUGAGCUCCCGGCGGAGAAAUGAAACCAAAGUGACAGCCGCUUGGUGCGUGGAGCCGGACCAGGCACCUGCCUCCUCCACCGAGAAAUGAAACCAGCCGACCAAACGGAAA